CCGAUAUGGUAGUCCAAAAUGUCAUCCAACAAGAUCAAAAUGUCGAGGACAAUAGGUCACCAAUGUCGGAGGUACAGAGUCCAAAUGUAACCGGUGUCCGAACUGCGAUGCAGCCGAGUAUCAACCCCAACAAUCUCCAAGUCUCCAAUCAGGUAAGCACCACAGUCUCAUAUCACCGAAGUCCAACUCUGAUCUCUGUCCAACUAGUACAAGUAUCCAAUCUGAAGAAGAAGAAGAAGAAGAAGAAGAAGAAGAAGAAGAAGAAGAAGGAGAAGGAGGGAGCCGAGGAGGAGAGGGAGAGAGAGGGGACUGGCGAUGGGAGGGAGGAGAGAAACCUCCAACUCCCGGUACCUCAGGCGGCUAUGGCCGCCGGUAACCCAGUCGCCGCUGCUGCUGCUCCGCUCGCUGCUGCUGCGCUAAUCGCUGCGCUGCCUGCUCCUCGCUCCUGCGCUAAACAUAGCGCUCCAACGGCACUCUGGUGCCGACCUUACCGCACCGUAGUAUACCGGUAUGAUGGUGGAGGGCAGGACGAGUCAUCUGGCGUGUACACCGUCGACGCAGAAAUCCAACAUGAGAGCAUAAUGACGCUUAUGAUUCCAGAGAGUGCAGUUGUCGACUAUGCCGGGAAUCCAAAUCAUGCAUCUCGUACUCUAAGCAUCGAGCAUGUCCUACCAUCUCCCAGUAUCGACUUUGCGAUUACUGUUAGCAACACCAUGCUGGGGUUGACAGCUGUUGCAUCGGGCGCUCUGUCAAUGGCUUCAUAUUACGCUGGUGUCCAGGACCCAGCUACUGCAGCUCUUGGAAAUCUUGGAACAUCCCAUAAUCGCCACUUUUUGGGUGUGUUGGGCCAUCUUCAGAUCUUUGCGAUGACAAAAGACCUCACCGUGAAUCUCCCACCGCAGUAUGUGCAAAUGGCAGAAAGUUUUGCAUGGGUGAACUUUAACCUGCCUGUGCCAUGGGAGCGUACGGCGAGAAGUGACAUGAAGGUAUCUGGCAAGGAGAACGGCACAUUGGACAACACCCGGACAACUGCAACUCUCCAGGCACAGGACCUCCGAACCGCUGCGCGGACUGGCGGGAGACGGUUGUUCGGCAUGCUCCAGAUGUCCCAUCUGAGCAGUGAUACAAUUGGUCAUCCAUCUCCUCGCUUCCUGCUCCCGGCCACAGAGUCUAACGCGGCUAUCACCUCCCCCAACGACGCGGAUGUGGGUACUGCACCGUCAUCAGACAGCCCACCGAAUCUGCUUGAUGAGCUUGGUGAUCAGAAUCAGGGCCAGAGUGCAAACAGUACAGGGUCGGAUGCCAGUACGUCUCUUAUGCAAUCCUACAAUGACCGCGUGCAAGCUUUCAGUGACAGCCAGCUGGAAGAUUUCCGUAACAAAGGAUGGGACAAGUUCUUCCAGGUUCUCUUCUGGUUUGCCGUGGCUGCCGUUCUGUUGAUCACCCUCCACAUGUGUGUGCUCGCCUACAUGCAAAAGAAGCAAAUGAAAAUGCGAGGACUCUUCGCCAUUCCCAGGCCAGAGAUGCAGCUGCUAAUGCUGGGUCUUCCGACGUGGGCGUCCGUUGCUGCAACUCUUACUGCUUGUGGGAGCGACAGUGCCUUGACAACAGGAGUUCUGAUGAUGUGCAUGAUGGUGCUUACCGUGGUUGUAGCUGCGUUCUAUGUUCUCUGGUGGAGAGUGAUAACGUGCCGUGAUGCGGAAUUUGAGGUGACAAUAGACCGCGAACCAAAGAGCUUAAUGCCAAGAGUUAUUGACACGAUUGUUGGCCCAAAGACAGAAUCGGAAUGGAAAGUAAACAAAGGAGGGGUAGACCCCCUCUUUGUGGAUAGAUGGGGGGCACUCUUUGAAGACUUGAAGGGACCAAUGAAUGCUGCUCCACUCCCAUCAAGUAGCCCAGCCUGUCCAUCUCAGCAAAGAUCCAUGCAAGCACCAAACGACGUGGAAACAGGAACCGCCGGAGGCGCUGCUGACAGAUCAUCUGGUUCAUCCAGUACGAGCACGAUAUCUGGACCAGGUUCAUCCAGUAUGCUGCAAUCAAGCGGACAAGCAUCCGGAAGGAACGGAGGCUUAUCUACAGAAUUCAGCGGAUCGUGUGAGAUUGAGCCGAGAUCGGGCCACCUCUUAACCCUGAGUCCUUUGCCAGAAGGUGUGCAAAGUUCUGAAAUUACAGAGCGUUUUCGACGUUACAUGGCCGCAGAGGGCGCUGUGAGUUAUGCGAAUGGUGUGGCUCCUUGGGAGGCUCGCAAACCAUUUCCGGAACAAGGUGACGCAGCAGUCGCUCGGAGCCAGGAGCAGGAGGAGACGACAAUUCAAUCCAGGGGCAAGAGAGUAUGGCUGCUUGUGCGAAAGAAGGCGAGGCUCGAUGCUCUUCCUCGGAAUGAAAUGCGGCAGAUGUAUGUAGUUGUCGAUUUAUCAAUUAAGAUGAUGGUGGGCAUCUUGAUAGCAGCAUUCAGCGGGAGAGACAACGAUCCUGCAGAGCUUGUAAUUUUGCUCAUCCUUUUCACGAUUCAAGGGCUCUGGGUGGUCUUCCUGAAGCCCUUCAUCUGCAGAGGCCGUCACGUCGUGGAAGUGCUUUCCAUUGCUGGCGAAGUGGUCCAGAUCAUCUUGGGGUUGGUCCUCUCUGGCCGGCAAGCCGAAGAGGCAAAGAAAACACAAUCGAGGAUCAUGGGAUACGUAAUGCUUGGAAUCCAAGCGCUCAUAAUGGGGUCCCAACUCCUAAACCACUGGUUCGCCCUGCUGCUGCAGCUGAAGACCGUUAUCGUCAAGCUCAUGAAGCGGUCUUGGGCCGGCGUGAAUACAGUGGGAAGGUACGCAAGGAAGAUCCACAGACCUUCCAUCCCCCGUCCGAAGUCCCAUCGUCCAAAAUCGCAAAAUCUCUCGUCGGAACGUUUGGUCCGUCCCGGAUCGGCGUCCUGGUGUGCAAGUCCUGCAAGCAGCUUUGGGUUGCCGACCCCAACGAGCUCGUCAGAGAUGAAUCCGCAACAGGAACAGGGUCAAGUUCAGGAUUCUUGCGCAAGCUGCGAACUGCAUGCUCCGACGUUUUCAUUAUUGGAUAUGGACGGACCUAUGCCAGCAUGCGAGUCGCCGGAACCUUUCGGGACCAUGUCUUCUGCAAGUUCCGUUUCCGGCGUAUCGACAGCUCAGCCUCAGCAGACUGGCGAUCAUUUGUUCAUCUCUUCAACGGGUGCAAUGAGGUGGUCGCUUCCUGCACUCGUAGAAGUCGACGAGGAUCAACUGAGUCAUUCAGGGCAAAGCAGUGCUCCCUAGUCCCACACUUCCCCCCUCGGGGGACAUCAAAUCCAUGUGCAACCCCUCUU